GCUGUCCUCUGCCUGCCUGGGUCCCUUAAAAGCAGCAGAGCAAGCCCCAGGAUCCCGGUUGAGCGCCACCCGGGAUGCGGACGCUGGUAGAGAUGGUGUGAGCCCCGGGGACUGUGGAGCAGCAAAGGCUGGUGCUCUCCAGAGGAGAAGUGUGACAGGAUCUCUGAAUCCUAAACCAGGUGCUCACUGAUGCAGAUCUUCCAAAGACGCAUGAAACCAACCCCCAAAAGAAAUCACUGAGAGGGGGGAAAGUGCAGCAGGAGAGGUAAAAUGAAAGACUAGCCUUUUGAGAAUAGCUGCUGGAAGCUGUGAGAGAUCAAGAGACCAGUGGAUUACUAAACGGCACCUGCAGAGUCUUGUCUAAGGCACUGGGGCAGCCUUCUGGCAAGUGCACGCUGAUGUGCUCAGCAGCCAAGGAUGGAAGUGCUACGCCGUUCCUCAGUCUUUGCUGCGGAGGUGAUGGAGGUUUUUGACCGGUCUCCCACUGAUAAGGAGCUUGUGUCCCAGGCCAAGGCUCUCUGCAGGGACUACAUAAAUUCCAGGCUGAUUCGAGCAGGUGUCAGCUGGAGCAAACCUGAGUACAACGCACCAGUGCCUGGUGGUAAGCUGGCUGAGGUGUCCACCAUACUGCUGCGACUAGGGGAUGAGCUGGAGUACAUCCGCCCCAACGUCUACCGGAAUAUCGCCCGCCAACUGAACAUCUCACUGCACUCGGAAACGGUGGUCACGGACGCCUUUCUGGCAGUAGCUGCACAGAUUUUCACCGCAGGCAUAACGUGGGGCAAGGUGGUGUCCCUCUAUGCUGUGGCAGCUGGACUGGCUGUGGACUGCGUGCGACAUGCGCAGCCAGCUAUGGUUCACACCAUUGUGGACUGCCUGGGAGAGUUUGUCCGCAAGACCUUGGUGACGUGGCUGAAAAGGAGAGGAGGCUGGGCAGACAUCACAAAAUGUGUGGUGAAUACCGACCCCAGCCUUCGCUCUCACUGGCUUGUGGCUGCCAUUUGCAGCUUUGGGCACUUCCUCAAGGCCAUCUUCUUCGUCCUGCUGCCUGAGAGAUGAAUCCGAGCUUCUAACUGCAGCCCCAUACCCGUCUCCUCCCCCAUUCCAGAAGCGGUGGUGACAGCAAACUCUGAAGAGGAGGAAGAGAAGAAAAAGCUGGGACAAACAAAAGGCUUGUUCUCCUCUCCCUUCAGCUGUGAGCGCCCGAUCAACCACAGUCUCCUUUUUGCAGCCCCAGGAGCCUUCUCUUCUGCUCACCAUUAUCCCUUCAAGAGUCUUGUUUUCCUGGGUGACUUGCGUGCAGCUUGGACGAUGCCAGUGCCUGGGCAGACUGAUUGCAGCUGUGUGCAACGUGGGCUGCCGGACCUCCGUUCGUUAGGAUCGUGUUGCACACCUUGCGCUAAUGCCAGGCAGAGGGGAGGAGGAAGGGGGAUGCUGUUGGAAUAGCAAGUGCAGAGGGGGAGGGUCCCUCCUUUGCUCAGUGGAAUUUCCCUUCCAGCCCUGUGACUCGCCUUUGGUCCGUUCUUCUUGUUAUAUUUGUGCUUAAGCUCUGUCUCCUCCUUUAUACCUAACUGUGACUUGUUGGGCUCUCUCCACAGCACUGAGUGGUUGAGGGAACAAAGCAGUUGUGGCUUUUCAACAUGAUGAAGAACGCACCGUGGUCAGAAGCUUCCCUCGCUGAAGUAUCUUGGAAACCACUGAGUGGCUGCGUAAGGGGUAGGACUAAAGGGCAGUUGCAUUUGAGGUGGUCAGUAAGCAUGCUUCAUGCCCGCUCUGUGCUGACACACGCCCUUCCAAACAGCAGAGCGAGGGCAAUGCCUUCAGACAACAGCUCAGGGGUUGAACGUUACAAAGAAGAGAGAGUUUUUCUCCACUGAGAUGCCAGCAGAGCUAAACCUGCAAGUAGAACUGGCUGGUGGGGUGGAGGGGGGACGUGCAGGAUUUAGGGCAACCAUGAGCAAGCUGUCUGAUGCUUUGAAGGGGGAAAGCUGCGUCAAAAGCGCCUGAUCUAUGUUUCUCCUUUAACGUCUUCAGAAGUACGACUUGCCGUCUUCCGUUGUGGCAAACAAUAAAAGAAAAUAGGUGGUGUUUCACUAUC